AUGGCAUUGAGCGACUUGCAUGGCAACCACAUCGUCGGAUGUCUUCCACGUGUGAACUGUGUCUUGGUAUUUUAGCGCCUUCAAUGGAAGGGCGCCGUAUAGGACGAAUUCGAUUCGAAGAUCACAGGAUGGUUGGUGCGGAAGUUCACGGGAACCCUAAUGGGGUUUCUAAUGGAAGACAUGCGCUCACUUCAUCGUCUUCAAGGUCGUCGUCGUCGUCUUCUUCUUCUUGCUUGUCACUGUCUCCGGUUUCUGAGAACGGCGGGGAGUGUGGGUUGGAUGGGAUGGAGCUCGAGGCUGCGCGGGCGCUCGCUUGUAUCGCGAGGACGGCGGUGCGGGAAUGUGGUGGGAGGAGGUUGAAACGAUUCAAGAAUCGAUCGCAGGUUAGGGAUUGGGAGAAUUGUAACCAAGACUGGAAUUUGGAUUCCGUUCCUGAGGAUAACAAGACUAUCAAUGUCACCAUGGAGAAGAAAAUAAAGCUUGAACAGAUCUCUGAAAUGCUACCACCCAGCAGCAAUUGCUCAGCAAAUUCUGUGUCAUGUUCAGGAAGUAAGACAAGGCUAAAUCUGACUGAGGCUGAAAGGGAAGCAAGGAGAAUGCGCCGGGUGCUAGCGAAUAGAGAGUCCGCUCGACAAACAAUUCGACGAAGACAGGCUCUUCGAGAUGGUUUGACAAAGAAAGUGUCUGAUCUCUCACUUGACAAUCAGAACAUGAAAAUGGAAAAGGGCCAAAUUACCAAAGAGUACAUGUUGCUCAGAAACAAAAACAAACAAUUAAAAAAACAGCUGGCCAUGGCUAUUGCAUGCAACAUCAUGAGUGCCGAAUCAACUUCGCCGCCACCUUUUAUACCUGUUAUCUGUCCUCCAUGGCCUGUAAUAGCUGCACAUCCCCGACCUUGCUACGAUGAAAAUGGUUUUCAUAAAGCCUCUGAAUCUCAGACAACACCAAGCUCUUGUUUCUGUUCUUUGCUUGAUCAAAUCUCUGUUGCCCAUCAUUCUAUUUCUGGCAAAUGGAAAGCGAAAGAGACUGAUUUUGAAGAGAAACCAGCAAUUCAAGAGCAAAACCCGAGAGAUAACUCUGCAACACCUGCGCUAGCUCCUUUGAAAGAUGAAACCAUGAAAGUUCACAAAUCUCACAAGUUAGAUAUAGAUCUUAACUCUAGGAGUGUGAUGCCUGAGCCUUCUCUUGAUGCAGAACAUUCAAGUGUCAGUGACGAACCAGUUCGAGUGUUUGCAGAAAAAUCUGUUAAAUUUGUUGAUGCGAGUGCAGCAUCUUCAGCCAGAAGGAGAAGGAAAGAGAUCCUGAAGCUAAAACAUCUAUGUGGAAGUCCAAUCGUCUUGCAUAUGUGACUUCUGAAGGUUUGUUGUUCAUGAUAGUGUAAAUGGCUACUAGUUUUGUACAUUACCAAGCACCCAAUUUUCUAAUAGAUAUUGCUUUAGUAAAUCUACGGCAUGUAUAUCUGGGAUAAACUCUUUUAUAUGCCACACUUUCUAUAGAGUUUUCUCUCAAAAUACUUUAAUGGCAGUCGCAUAUAUGUAUUUUUAGUGAAUUAUAGUAUUAGAACUGUUCUUAGUACU